AUGUCCUUCAACCACUCAGUGAUUGGCCCUCCGGUUUUCCUCCUGACAGGGUUUCCUGGGCUAGAAAAACACCACAUCUGGCUCUCCAUCCCCGUCUGCUCCGUGUACCUCGUGGCCAUCGCAGGGAACUGCACCAUCCUCUUCAUCAUCAAGAAGGACCAAGCCCUCCAUGAGCCCAUGUACUAUUUCCUCUCCAUGCUGGCCCUCUCAGACCUCGGCUUGUCAAUCACCACUUUGCCCACCAUGCUGAGUGUCCUGUGGCUCAACCACCGUGUGAUCCACUUCAGCGCCUGCCUGAUCCAGAUGUACUUCAUCCACACCUUGUCUAUUGCUGAGUCAGGCAUUCUGCUGGCCAUGGCCUUCGAUCGCUUGGUGGCCAUCCGGAACCCCCUGCGGUACAUGACGAUCUUGACCAACAAAACCAUUAUCAAGAUUGGGGUGGGGGUUGCCAUUCGGGCUGCCUUCCUCGUUUUCCCAGCUUCUUUCCUCUUAAAGAGGUUGCACUAUGGGACUAAAAAUGUGCUCUCAUAUUCCUUCUGUGUGCACCAAGAUAUUAUGAAAGCUGCCCGUUCAGAUAGAAGAAUCAGCAGCAUUUAUGGCUUGGUGGUGAUGCUCUCAUCCACAGCUGUGGAUUCACUGUUGCUUGUCCUGUCAUACUUCCUGAUCCUCAAAACUGUGCUGGGGGUUGCCUCCAAGGAGGAGCGCUUCAAGGCACUGAGCACCUGUGUCUCCCACAUCUCUGCUGUCCUCAGUUUCUACAUCCCCAUGCUUGGCCUGACUAUGAUCCACCGGUAUGGGAAGCAUGCACCCCCCAUCCUUUACAUUCUCAUUGCCAACACCUAUCUGCUGGUGCCGCCUCUGAUGAACCCCAUCGUGUACAGUGUGAAGACCAAGCAGAUCCGCACACGAAUCAUCUUGAAGCUCCAGAAGAGGGAAAAGACAAUUAAGGCCUCGUGGUGA